AUGUUCUCGCCCGACGCGCGGCGAUCCUUCGUCGAGCGCGUGGACGAGCGAUUCCUGUGCCCGUGCUGUCGAUUCGUGUUCACCGGGCCGACGCGGUUUCCGUGCGGGAACGCGCACGCGUUUUGUCUGGCGUGCGCGGAGACGUGGUUCGAUUCGAGCGGCGCGCGCGGCGUGGCGAGAGCGGACGUGCCGUGUCCGAUGUGCCGGUGCACGGCGCGCGGGAGCGGGCGGAGCGUGGAGCGGGACGACGCGCUGGAGGCGGCGCUGCGAGAGACGCGCGCGGCGUGCGACUGCGGCGCGUCGGUGGUUCUGUCCGAAGCGUCGAGGCAUUACGAGACGUGCGAGAUCACGCGAGCGAUAACGGCGCCGAGGAGUGGGGCGCGAACGCCGUCGACGUCGAGACGACGCGUCGCGCGGGACGGAGGGCGAGGGAACGAUGGGGCGGCGUCGUCCGACGCCGACGUCGAGAUCGACGCCGACGAGAUCGAAGCCGACGAGACGGACGUCGAUGAGAUGUAUUCCGGGUUUCUCUGCACGCUCUGCGCCGCGGCGUUUCUACGAGAAUCGGGUGACCUGGACGACGACGCGCAGAGCGAGGCUCACAACGGAACGUCGAUGCGCGAAGCCAUCGAGCGGGCGCGACUCGCCGACGAUCUCCCGGACGCGUGCUAUCUCGACUCCAUGACGGCGUUCGCCGAUCACGUCCUCGCCGAUCACGACGAACCGGACGCCCACUCGCCCGACGUGUGCCCCAUUUGCGUCAGUCUUCCUCACGGCGAUCCAGACCGCGUCGUCGCGGAUCUGUACGAGCAUCUGCGCCGUCGACACGGUUUCGACUGGACCCUCUACGCGCCCGAUCCGCGCGCCGACGAGUACGAAAUCUUAGCGCGCGUCAUGCGCGACAGCCUUCGCGACGCCGCGCCGCGCGUCAACGCCGACGAUUGAUCCCUCGCCUCGCGAUUCGCCGCGAUCGCGCCGCGCGCCGCGAUGUAACGACCGUUUCCGCGCGCCGCGUCGCCGUUUCGGUUCGCCGCGUCAGAUGUACGUAAAGUUCGCUUUUUCGGGAUUGAAUCGUUCUGCGCGGCUACGGCGCGUUGAAUUUAUGUUACAUGUGAGCCGCGAGAGACGAGCGAGUUUCUUCGACGGCGGCGUCGCGCGCUCACUUGACUUUACCGUCGCGAAUUUGCUGGUACAUGUCGAUGGUUUGGUGCAUGAGCAGUUUGCGAAUGUUUUGCCCUUCGUCUCGCAUGUGUUCUUCUAAGAGCGAACGAAGCGAGCCCAGAGGCGGAGGCGUGGAUUCCGUGGGCUGGUUCAACAAGCGAUCGAAGACAACUUCCCAGAGUUCCGUCUUCCAGUAACGCCGAAGCGGCUGGCGUUGUCUGUACGCGUUCGUUGUCCCGGGCGCGAGCUCGACUUCCAUGUAUGAGCCGUAAAGCAAGCAGUGAAUGGUGGAAGCGAUCGCGUAACAGUCGGCUUGGUACGUCCAAGGUUUACCUUGCAUCAUUUCGAUGCAUCGGAAAGCUUCGGCGCCGGCGUCGCCGACGAAAGCGGCCUCCUCGGGGUACAUUAACAAAUCGAUGGCGCGACCGAAAUCGAUGAGUGCGAGACCUUUUUCAGUCCAUGAUCCCGGGCGAUGAGGCGCCCAGUCACACCAAUCAUCACCACCGUUGCGCAAUAACAGAUUGUCCGGCUUCAAAUCGGCGUGAACGAUGCCAGCUCCGUGGAUCCAUUCGACCAAACGAAGCAUCUCCACGGCGUAAUACAUCACGAGCGUUUCGUGCAUUUGUUUGCCUUCGCGCAAAUACG